CUGGGAGCGGCAGGAUGUGCGAGUGAGGGCGUGAGACAGAUAAACAGAGAGACACGCAGAACUUCAGAAGGGACAGGCAGAGCAGGAGACAGCAGAAACAUUAAGGAACAUUUAUACACGUGACACCUCCAAGCUGGCACAAGCAUGUCUGUGAACUCUCCCAGUAGCAGUGAUGCAUGUUUGAGCAUCGUUCACAGCUUGAUGUGCCACCGGCAGGGUGGAGAGAAUGAGGGCUUUGCCAAGCGUGCCAUCGAGAGUCUGGUGAAGAAACUGAAAGAGAAGAAGGAUGAGCUGGAUUCGCUCAUAACCGCCAUCACCACUAACGGUGUCCACCCCAGCAAGUGCGUCACCAUCCAGAGGACGCUGGACGGCAGGCUGCAGGUAGCGGGGCGAAAAGGCUUUCCACAUGUCAUCUACGCUCGACUGUGGCGUUGGCCAGACCUCCACAAAAACGAGCUCAAACAUGUCAAGUUCUGCCAGUAUGCCUUCGAUCUCAAGUACGACAAUGUAUGUGUCAACCCCUAUCACUACGAACGGGUGGUGUCUCCAGGCAUCGUUGGACUAAGCUUGCAGCCUACAGCCAGGCCAAUAAAGGAAGAGUAUAUCCAUGACUGUAUCCAGAUGGAUGGUCCACCCAGAAUGCCCGCCCAGCAGGACCACCAUGCCCAAGAACACUACAGCCAACAGCUGCCUCCACUCCAGCUGCCCCCAGAGCCCCAUCGGCACGCCCCUUCAUCAGUAACCCUCUACCCAAGCCUGCCCCUCUCUCCACCUUCGAGCAGCUCCAGAAUGUCCCUGCAGGUUAGCCACUCGGAGGGCCUACUGCAGAUCGCGUCUGCUCAAAGCAGGGCUUUGGCAUCCUGUUCUCCUCCCACAACCCCUACACAUACACCAACAAGCACAACACCACACAGCCUGACCUCAGCCCCACAACCUGAUGCUGACCGCUGCAGUCAGAGUGAUUAUAGCACCCCCAAACAGACACAGGCACAGACCUCCUACCACACAACAACAUGGACAGGCUCGAGCACCGCCUCGUACACACCAAUGGGGUCCCAGCAAAAUGGGCGGAGUCACCAGCAGGGUCCUCCUCACCACACCGGUCAUUUCUGGUCUCAACAUCACACUCCUACGUCCUAUCCACAGCCAGUCUCCAACCAUCCAGGUCCAGAGUUCUGGUGCUCAAUCUCAUACUUUGAGAUGGAUAUCCAGGUCGGGGAGAUGUUUAAGGUCCUGGCUAACUGCCCACUAGUAACUAUAGAUGGCUAUGUGGAUCCAUCCGGAGGAGAUCGCUUCUGCCUGGGGCAGCUGAGCAAUGUGCAUCGCACAGAUGCCAGUGAGAGAGCUCGACUCCACAUUGGUAAAGGUGUGCAGCUAGAGUGUCGAGGGGAGGGAGACGUAUGGAUGCGGUGCCUCAGUGACCAUGCAGUCUUUGUACAGAGCUACUACCUGGACAGGGAGGCAGGAAGAGCACCAGGGGAUGCUGUGCAUAAAAUCUACCCAGGAGCUUAUGUCAAAGUAUUUGACCUGCGACAAUGCCAUAGGCAGAUGCAGCAGCAAGCAGCUACUGCACAGGCAGCUGCAGCGGCGCAAGCUGCAGCAGUGGCUGGGAACAUUCCAGGACCCGGCAGUGUUGGGGGCAUUGCCCCUGCAAUCAGCUUCUCUGCUGCAGCAGGCAUAGGAGUUGAUGAUUUGCGUCGCCUGUGUAUAUUGCGUCUGAGCUUUGUAAAAGGCUGGGGACCGGAUUACCCACGUCAGAGCAUCAAACAAACCCCAUGCUGGAUAGAAGUGCAUCUUCACCGGGCACUGCAGCUGCUGGAUGAGGUGCUACACACCAUGCCCCUUGCAGAGCCCAGCCCUGCCAACUGAUGUGGUAACAGAGCUUAAUCAAACACUGCAUCUUACAAGAAUCCACAACAGGGAAUGGUGGAGGAGAGAUGGGGAGAUGAUGAUAUGCUCCAUAGCUUCUCCCACAUACACAGCAUGCCCACGUGAACAGACAGUGAUUCACGGAAGGAGGCAGACAUUUACACAAGCUUUCCAUUGCCAUGGCCAGCAGACUGAGUGGACCUCUGUGCUGACCAGACUGUUGACUCACAUGGAAAUAAAGACUAGAGAAAGAUGUUCUUAAGGCACAGGUGAACAGGAGCCCCUGGAAUUGUUGGUGUUGUGUAGCCCUUGCUUUAAGGAAAUGCGUAGGUCAUCCUAACAAGAACUAAUGAAAAAUUAUAUUUUUGGCCCAGGGUAUGAUUUAAAAUGCAAACGCAAACAGCUUUGGCUAAAUAUAGAUGAUGGACAGACAAUCAUUUUUUACUUUCGGUACAAUGUGUUUUUGUAACCAUAGGAUAGUUUUUUAUCAAAAUGUUUUUUGUACAAGCACACCAAAGUACCAAAUCUUAAAUAAUAAGAACAAAAUAAUUGUAUUGUUUUUGUGCCAGAGAUGGAUUUAUAGCAUUUUAUACACUGCAAUACCAAAAAUGGAGCUUCUUUAGACUGAAUAGAUGAUGGCACCCCUGAGUAAGAAAAGCACAAUGAGUUCCUCAUGUUUAAUAUAUCAUGUCUUACUCAUUUGGUGUAAGAUUACUUUUGAUUACAUGUUUCAGUUCUUUCUUGUCAUUAAGACCCCAUUUUCAAUUUUUUUGUGCCUUAUUACCAAUGAGUACAUGCUGUACCCUAUGCGAAAUUAUUUUCGCAUAUUUGUUACUGAGCCCAUUUGUUUUUUCAUGUUCAGAAUGAACUUGAGAUUUUGAUGUUUUAGACCAUUUGAAGAGGUUUAGUAGUUUUUUUUUUUCCACCUGUACUGUCAACUGCUUUGAUUUCCCUUUUUAUAUGUCAUUCAAGUGUCUCCCACACCUAUUAAAUGUUCCCUGCUGAACAUUCUCCACUUAA